UUUUCACAAACAAUGAAGCGUUUCAGAGAUUUUCCAGUGUGUGUUGUGGAAAUAACGUGUGGUGAAAAGUCGAUGAUCAACAAUGUACUGUGUAUCAUAUUCAAUUCAGUUGUCUCAUUGAACGAAUGGGUAGAGCAUCGUACCUUACUUACAACCGUAAAACCUUACCGAUUCCGGUUACCAGCCCGGACCUAGGGUAUUUUCUAAGCUAUCUAUCUAUCUAUGAUAAAAUGCUCCAUGUGUGACUGAAGCUGAAUUUGGUAAAUAGUAUUUACCCUGCAUUUCUCUAUAAGAAAAGUGUUUUCUAUCAGAAAUGAUAUGACAGUGACAAAUGCGAAACAGCACAUUAUACUAAACGUAUGAAGGUGAAUCUAAACAUAGGAGGAAAAACUUAAAUACUCGACCAAAACAGACGGCACCGAAAUCGCAGUUUCGUGCUAUUUUAUGCACGAAUUUAAACUCUGACAGACACCGUCAUCGAUUCGAGAAACGACGAAGUUCGUCUAGAUUACCGAUAGAUUUGACCAUUGACAAGGCGCCCCAAAACGAUUGCUGUAUAUAGUGGUUGCCGGAACAAACUCUCAGCGCUCUUCAAAUGGACAAUGCUCGAAAUGCACAGGAUAGACGUCGCAGAACCAGGAAAGAGCGACGAAGGGACCGAAAACGCGGACAAAAUAAUAGGAGCAACAGUAACAACGUCCAACAGCUUCAACGUCAAAAAGGUGAUGGCGACGUACAAAAGGCUACACAGGACAUUGUUGCAGAAAUCGUGGCCGGCUGUAACUGAAGUUCAGUUUCGUAGGGUCGUUACUCAAACAGUUCGCAGUUCCAUUGUUCGACCGGAAACGCGUCGAGAUUUUGUAGCGGGCGCUGUGCACCCUCGACGCUACCCCACACUAUUGUGGUCGAGAGGAUUCGCGGGUGCUGACCACAUGACACCUCGCCCGGUACUCCAGAACUCGGCGACCACAGCGGCAUUACUGUCCACUGUAUAAACAGCUUUGGCCAACGACACUUGUUGGCGUCGACCCUUCUAAUGCCAAUGUGGUUUCGGUUAACAACGCUCACGAGGCCGAUGCCGACAACGGCGACGACGGUGUUUCCGCAGCAGCAAGUAAAUCUGGCACUGAAGUGAAUACCAAAUAUGAAUAUAUGCUGAUACCUUGCAAAACUGUCAAUGAUGUGAGACGUUUUAUCGGAUCUGUAACAAAUUACGAGAGCUUAACUAUAUUAGUUAUGCUAAGCCUCAACGCCAACUUCAUUAGAUAUGUAGCAAAUGCUGAAUUACCCAUUUACAGAAAAAUCAAUGGAUACAUUGUUUCGUUCAAAUACACCGCUGCUUCGGUAAAAUUUCGAUUUUACCCACGUAUAGAUAAGUUACUUUGGAAUUUGUGAAGUUAAUAAAUAUCGGACCAGCAGCA